GAAAUUCCAAACCGGAGAGAUUAUCGAAACGGCUGUUGUCGUUCUUCCUCUCUUCUGCUUGAACUUUUAACGGUGGAAUUUGAUAAAAUAAUCUCUGAAAGCAUGUCUUUUUGCACAUUUUCUGGAGGUGAAGUCUUUAAAGAUCACUUUGAAAGUGGUAUGUAUGUGUGCACAAAGUGUGGCCACGAGCUCUUCUCUAGCAGGUCCAAAUAGUUCACUGAAACUAUUCAUGAGAAUAGCGUCUCCAAGAAAGAGGAAAGGACGGGAGCCUUUAAGGUUCGUUGUGGAAAGUGUGGAAAUGGACUGGGUCAUGAAUUCGUGAACGACGGACCCAGGCAUGGACAGUCGCGCUUUUGAAUAUUCAGCAGCUCGCUGCAAUUCGUCCCCAAAGAUAAGGGCGGUCAGUAAGGCGAGCUGUGUGAGAAGGUGGUGAACGCACGGUAGGAAUGUAAUGGAGGUGGGCAGUCAUGGUGCGCAGUGGGGCCUGUUGAUGACGUGUGCUGUUCUAAAGCCCAGAACGGGAAGGUCAGGACACAGAUGUGCCUGUGGUCUCACUGUCCAGCCAGGGCCACCAUGCUCCAAAAACACCUGGCUUUAACAGUCAACCCGCACAAAUUGAAGAUGUGGUGAAAAUUAUUUAGAUUUCUAUUGCACAUUCAAGAUUUAUUAAAAAUGUUGGACACUACAUAAUAUUGCAUCGUAUCAUAGGUUACUGGAAGGUUUAGAUACAGUUAUGAUUAUGGAAUUUAGCAGAUGCUUUUGUCUAAAGCGACUUACAAAAUAAAACAAUGCAAUAGUUAAAAAUUAACAGUAAACUGUUUUUAAAAGGUGAUAAGACUACAUUAAGGAAAAUAGCAAUAAUAACAAUAAUGUCAAUGCAAUAUCAGUGAUCAAUAAUGAAAAUAAACAAUUACCAUAAAUAUACAAGCAUAAAUAAACAAAACGUAUAAGAACCACUUUAUUAAUUAAGUGUAAGCUGAACAUAUAUGGAUAUAAUUCAUGCCUAAAUCAAAGUAGACAGAAGUUUGAUACCAGUAAUGCCUGUGAAAAAUGUAUGAUUUCCCCUUUUGUUUUAUUUCAUGAAAAUACCCAUUUCCUGUAUUCACAGUAUUUGUAUUGCAAUAAAACACUGAAUCACAAGUAAAAAGUA